UAUUGUUUGCGAUCGUGCUCGCAUGUUCGAAAGUGUUCGGUUUCGCAACUGGACCAAUGAUAUAGGGAGUGAAAUUCAUUUCAUAACCCCAGAAAUGCACAACGAAAAUGGACAAGCAGAACGAUAUUGUCGCACAGUAUUAAACAUGAUAAGGGUUGAGAUCGUCAUUAGACAAAAUAAGUGGUCUGAUGCCCUUUGGCGAAUACAAUUGGUGUUGAAUUGUACAAAGCAUAAGACAACCAACACAUCUCCGAUGCAACUUCUUAUUGGCAUUGAUGGUGCUACUCCUGCAAUAAGAUGUCUCGUACGCGAUGUAGCCUUAGAAAAUAAUAAUUCUAACCGGGAGGCUUUGAGAGAAUUGCAACGCCAGGCAGCAUCGAAUCAUUUAGAACAGAACAGACGAAAGCAAGAUGCGUAUGUGAAUAAAAAUCGCAAAGUCAUUAAGUUGUUCAAAGUAAACGAUUUAGUUUUCGUAGCGAAGGUAGCGCAGAUGACCGGAAAAUUAGACUCUGGUAUGCGUGGACCUUACCGCGUACUGCACACACUACCCAGAGGACGCUACGAGCUUCAGUUGCUUGGUGGUGCCUACGGCAAGACCACGCAAGCGGCCGGCGAAUACAUGGUGCUAUGGCGAGGAGAGUGGUCUCCCGAGGCUUGCGGAGCCUUCUUCAACACUAAUGACGAUAUCAUAGAACAACCCGAUAGAGACGCUGUGCACACAGUGAGUCCUGCAUCGUCAGAGGUUGAAGACGGCCAUGACAUCAAGGUGAACGUGGACGUCCACCAGUCAGGAGAGGCCGUAUUAGAGGCGACUCCCUCUUAAAUCAAAGUCGAUGGGCGGAGCCAUUGAUGACGAGCACUCACGUGGACUCGUGACGUCAUCUGGAGGGGCAACUCGUCAUCUGGAGGGGCAACCGACCCACCAGCGUGGACAUCACGCCACCUCGGAUCACUUUGGCUGGAAGCGCGCGCAGGGUUCACUUGUUUUUAGACUUAAUAUUCUGUGUCGAUCGUCUCUACCCACUCUUGUAUUUUAUUGAUUUUUAAAUUACAUUGUUGCUUGUUAGUUCUAUUUUUUUUAUU